AUGUACAUCAACAACACCGAUGCACUGAAGGUCUGGCUCACGGAGGUGCUGGAACCGCUGUGCGAUGCCGACCCGGCCGCACUGGCACGCUAUGUGCUGGCGCUGCUGAAGAAGGACAAACCCGAAAAGGAUCUGAUUGUGUCGAUGAAGGAGCAACUGGACGUGUUUCUGUCGGAGGAAACGCAACCAUUCCUCGAGCAACUGUUUAAGGUGAUCAAAAGCGAGGACUACCUGAAAGCGGUUCCGGCCGCGACGGCUGCUCCCGCAUCCAUCAACGGAACGCCCGCGGCAGGAGGCGCUACUGGAGCCGCAGCUGCUUCGGCUUCGUCCUCCAGCAGUACCACCUCGACGACCGGUAGUCCGAGCGGUAUCGGAAUCACUGCCGCCGCAUCGGGAGCGCACCCGACGACGGAGGAAGCGGUUAGUAGCAGCUCGAGAAACAGGGGGAAACGCGAAUUUACGCCUCCUCUGCAGCACGAUGGCAACUCCCGGCAGUCCAAAGACACCAGCGGCGGCUCGUCCGUGGCGACUGUUUCCCUGUCAAGUGGAAGUCUUUCCGAGCGAUCGUCGUUCGAUCAGGGAAAGGACCAUCACCUGCACUACUACCAUCACAGCUCGAAUGUGCGUGAGGCAGCAGCAGGUUCCGGUGCUUCCGGGGCCAACCACAGUCAGCCAUCGGUCACCAGCAGUAGCGGUAACAGCGUCAGCGGUACCACCACCAGCAGCAGCAGCAGUCACAAACCUCAUCAGCAUUCGCCCAUCAAAGGUUCCAGCAAGGAGGAUCACGGCAAAGACGGCAACAGCAAUCGGCGGAGUCGUCGAAUGCAGAACCGAUCCCGCAGUCGGUCCCGUUCCCGCUCCCGAUCCUUUGAGCGGCCGCGUGACACGAGGCGAUCACGUUCACGGGAACGUACCCGCGGUGGUGGUGGUGGCGGGGAUAAUCGCGAAAAGUCGAGUCGUUCGUCGUACCGCAACAAGUCCCCGGUGCGCAGUGGCAACGAUUCGUUCCGGCGCUACGAUCGCAAGGGAGGUCACGGGAUGUACGAUCGUCGAGGUAACAACGGCAACACUGUGACCACCGGCAGCACUGCGGGUGGCAACAACCCAACCACUACCCCGGCGUCCAAUGCAGGAAACCACCCGAGCGGCAGCACGGUCGCCGGCAGUACCGGUGGUUCCGGAAUUAGCAGAUCUCAGAGGAUUCGUUCCCAUUCGCGAAGCCGGUCACCGUCACCGAAUGCAGAGCGAAGAAAGUUGGCACGGUCGGUGUCCCCGAAUCGUGCCCUUGCCGCAAUGGCCGAAAGAGUGUCCGGUUCGACGGUGGCCACCGGUGCGGGUAGUGUUGCAGGCGGCCCUACAGCGACUUCGGCCAUCACCGGAGCACCAACAGUACCAGCAGCAGCACCGUCGGCAGCGCCAGCAGCAGGAUCGAGUGUGGUGACGGCCGGCGCGAGUUCUGGAGCGGCCGUUGGUUCGAUUGUCGCCGGUCUUGGCGCACCAGCCGUCGGUCCAGUGCCUCCUCCGGCGGUCGGAUUGUUGGAUCUAGCGCUUGUUCCCGUUCCGGCGAUCGUUGAUGCGGUCGGAAGUGUCGGUGUGCCACUGGGAGUUACGAAGCGCCAACGGUGCCGGGACUUUGACGAGAAAGGCUACUGCAUGCGCGGUGAAACCUGCCCCUGGGAUCACGGCAUCGAUCCGGUCGUGCUGGAAGGGCUCAACAACCCGACGCUGAUGGCGCAGAUGCGGGGUCCCGUGCCUGAGUACAACCCGGACGCACCGGGACUGUGGAACAAACCGAACAAUUUGCCUCCGCCUCCGGGAGCUCACAUCGGACGUCCGAACAUUAGCCAGCGCCUCGGUGGUGCCGUCAUCGGUGGUGGUCUCGGAUUCGGGCCACGUGGUGUGGUCGGUCCCAUGGGCGGUAUGGGAGUAAACUUCCGUGGCAUCGCACCGUUCCCCGGUGUUGGUGGUGGCAUUUUCGCCGGCAAUCCGAUCGGAGCGACACCGUUGCAGCGAGAACUGAUCUCGGUGCCGGUGGUGGACGCAGGAAAGGGUGGGGACGUUUCGGCGCAACACGGGAACCGUCGCUUCGAGCCGGAAGAUGCGGUCGCGAUCGCGGACGGUCCGAUGAAGCGCAAAAUGUCGAUGAACAAUCGGUUAGGGCCCCGAGUUUCGGGUCACGGUCCUGGGCCGAUGCUAAACCCGCAAGCGAACUGUUCGCUCGAGUUACGCAAAAUACCGCGCGGAUUGAACGAGAUUUCGCACUUGAACGAUCACUUUUCCAAGUUUGGCAAGAUCAUCAACAUCCAGAUCCGCUACGACGGUGAUCCGGAAGCGGCGAUCGUAACGUUUUCGACGCACGCCGAAGCGAACGUGGCCUAUCGCAGCACGGAGGCGGUGCUAAACAAUCGGUUUAUCAAGGUGUUUUGGCACAUACCUUCGGUGUCCGGUGAUCAGCCGGCCAUUACGCCACCGGCCAAGACGGAACACUCGUUGCGCCGCUCGUACCCGAAUCAGUACAGCAUUAACAACAAUCUGAACACUGCCGGAGGAGCGGCGGCGACACAAUCCGCCACACAGCCGACGGUGGCUGGAGGAGCGGGCAAUAAAACGCUUGCCAACAACCCAACGAAUGAUGCCGCGAAGGCGGCCGCAGAUCAGAGCACCAAUGCUACCACCAAUGGUAAUGAAAACGUAGCCCCGGUGGCCGGUGCCGGCCAGACGGUUGGCUCCGGAGCGGCGGGCAAGCAUGGUGCAAACACGAAGUUCAUCAAUCCCGCCACCGCUGGCCUUCUGCCGGCGAACAGCAACAAGAUGAACCGGGUGGCGAACGAAAUGUUGCGCAAAAAGCAGGAACAGCUGAACCAGGGCAUCCACAAGCGCAAGUACGACCUGCUGGAGGCGUACCUGAAGGAGCAACGCAAGCUGCUGGAGCUGAUGGUCACGUGCGAAGCGAGCGAUCCGAAGCGUCCCCAGCUGAAGGCUUCGCUGAACGAGCUGCAGUCGAAGAUCAGCAAUCUGCACAAAGAAAUCGAGCAGGACCAGCAGCGCUCGGCGGCCCGCCUCGGGAAGGGUGGACCGGCGGUGGCCGGGAAGCACAAGACGAAGGAGCAGCACGAGAAGGAGUUGCUCGAUGCCGAGCUGGAACUGAUCGCUCAGGAGCAGCGCACGUUCCGUGCACCGGACGGUACCACCGUCACGGCCGGUGGCCCAGUGGCGGGCGCAACCGCACCCGUCGGUGGCCACAAACCCCACCAACAGCAGUACGGAGCGCGCAAAGGUACGGGCCGUUUGGCUCCGCCCGGUUCGACGAGCGUCGAUCGUCGGCCCACGACGAUGGUGGUCAGUGGAUUCUUGGUCGACGACGCCGAAGAGCUGCUUGGCCAUUUUAAGCAUUUCGGUGAGAUCACCAAACACCAGCUCGACCUAACGGUGCCAUCGCUGACCCUCAGCUACAGCACGCGGCAGGUGGCCGAGAAGGCACUGGCACGGGGUAAGCUGUUCAAGUAUCAAACCCUUACGAUCGUCUGGGCCUCGGUUACCCCUGUCCCGGCGGCAGUGCCGCCCGCUGCUGCGGCUGGCGUUAUUGCAGGCUCGGGUGCUCCCGAAACGGCGGAUGUCAAGAUGGCGACCAUUGGCAAAGAGGGAAAUCCGUUGGUCGGUGGGACGGAAGGGGACGAUCAACUGGGCGCGAACGCGAACCUUGGCACCGAAGCGGACACGGACCGGACCGUAGGAGGAACCGGUGGCACCGGUGGUGGUUUGGAUUUGAAUUCGUCGUCGAUGGAGACGCUGCUCGAAACGGACGACCUCACGGAGAUGCCGAUGGUCGAGGAGGAAGAAGAAGAGGACGACAUAGAGCCGGAGCGUUCGUGGCGUCGUUGAAAGAUGCUUGCCGCAUGACGGUUGUUCCGGCUGCGUGGACAGGAGCGUUAUUUUCUUUUAAUCUUCCUUCGUACAGUUGAAGGAGCAUAGCUAGUAUGUAGAGAUUUGAUGUGUGCGUGUUUUAUUUUAAUGAUACUCUCGUAAUCCACCCCCUCCGCUAGUGGCACCCACGAGUGCGAGAUACAUUUGCAGGCUUAGAAUUGUGCGUUUGUUUCGGUCGUACCCGGUGAAAGCUUCCGAAUUAUUUCCGUGUCUCCUAUCUGGCGUAUCUCCGCACCAUGGUGGACAGAGGCCGCGGGGCCACACCAAUGUAGGGAGACGAAGUGCCCCCAAUAGAAAGUGACAAAGCUGGUCAACAAUACGUAUACACAACAUUGUACUAAUAGUGAAAGGCGCGUUUAGGUCAUGAAAAAAGAGGAGCAAAGCAAAACAAAAACUGGUUGUAAAUGAAGGGAAGAAACGAAAGCUAGAACGAAAAUACCACGCAUAACCGAAAAAAAAAAUCGAAAACAUACAAAAAAUAGAAACGACAAUCUUUUGGCCGGCCAGUCAAAAGAAAAACAGAAAAAAAUUAAAUAAGAACAAAAAAAAAGAAACCAUUUCAAAGUGGUUCGUUCGGUCACAUCCAUUGCGUGGUAAAUGGAGUAAAAAGAAAAGAAUAAGCAAGUAAACAACAUGCAUGCAUGCUGCUAACGUAAAAAUAAAGAAGUUAAAAGAGAUGAUUUCAAAAAAGAAAUUCAAACGAAAACAACUCACCUGUGCGAUAGGAGUU